AUGUCAAAGUCAAAUGCCAAGGGCGAGGAAAACCUCAGAAAGAUGAAUGCUGCGUUGAAAAUCAUCGAAAACAAGCCCGGAGACUCUGGAAAAGGCAGUAAAUCCGAUAUGGUAAGGCCGGACCUAUCGAUGUACACGCUGGAAAACGGCGUGAGAGUCUCGACCAAAGAGCGAGUUUGCAGCUCUGUGAGACCUGUAGCUUUGGGAACGCCCACUGAUGAGGAAUUGUUCAAACAAGAUGGCAUUCCUGACCCCGAUUUUCUCAGAGAGCACUUUCGUCGCGAGGGUCGGCUCACAGAAUCGCAAGUGCUUCGCAUCUUGGAAGCCGGUACGGAGUGCUUGUCAAAAGAACCCAAUCUGCUGCGUGUUCCUGCUCCCGUAACAGUAUGUGGUGACAUCCAUGGCCAAUUCUACGAUCUGCUGAAACUCUUCGAGGUGGGUGGUAAUCCGGAAAGUACACCUUAUCUUUUUUUGGGUGACUAUGUAGAUCGCGGUUCGUUUUCCAUCGAGUGUCUGCUAUACCUGUACAGUCUGAAGCUCAACUAUAACGAUCAUUUCUGGCUUCUAAGAGGAAAUCACGAGUGCAAGCAUCUGACCUCAUACUUUACCUUUAAAAGCGAGUGUCUGCACAAAUACACACUGGAGAUAUACGAAAUGUGCUGUCGCUCCUUUAAUGCAUUGCCAGUUGCUGCAGUGAUGAACGGACAGUAUUUCUGCGUACAUGGCGGAAUUUCGCCAGAGCUGAAGACGCUGGACGACAUAAACAAUUUGAACAGAUUUCGUGAAAUACCUUCCCGUGGCCUCAUGUGCGAUCUAAUGUGGGCCGACCCGACGGAAACCUACGACGAAGAUGCGGAGGAUCCCUCGGUCGGGAAAUACAUACCUAACUCUGUUAGAGGGUGUUCGUAUGCAUUCACAUACCACGCAGCUUGUGAGUUUUUGCAGAGAACGGGCCUCCUUUCCAUUAUCAGAGCACAUGAAGCUCAAGAUGCUGGUUAUAGAAUGUACAAGAACACUGAAACUCUUGGCUUUCCUAGUCUCCUCACUCUUUUCAGUGCUCCAAAUUAUCUCGACACUUACAAGAACAAAGCCGCAGUUUUGAAGUACUCUAAUAACGUUAUGAACAUCAGGCAGUUCAACAUGUCGCCCCAUCCAUACUGGUUACCCAACUUCAUGGACGUUUUCACCUGGUCACUUCCUUUUGUCGGCGAAAAGGUAACAGAAAUGCUGGUUUCCAUUUUGAAUAUCUGCACAGAGGAGGAGCUUGAGGAGGAGACAACGUUUGCGACGGAAGCAGUGGAUCCGGUAGAGGCAAAAUCUUCGAACAAAUCGAAAGAAGCGCAAGUUGCUAAAACUGGGCAGCCCACAUCAUCCAUCUUAAACGAUGAAGCAAAAAGAAGAGCAUUGCGCAGUAAAAUCAUGGCAAUUGCAAAAGUAUCCAGAAUGUACUCGAUUUUGCGUGAAGAGAGUGAGAAUGUGGAAUAUUUAAAAGCUAUUAAUGCAGGGACGCUGCCACGCGGCGCGUUGGCUCACGGACCAGAAGGACUUAAAGAAGCUCUUAGCACAUUCGAGAAAGCUCGUCGCGAAGAUCUGAUAAAUGAAAGGUUACCACCAAAGCUAGAAGACGCAGGUAAAAGACGGGAAGCUUAUCUCUAUAAUCGGGUGGCCAAAGAGAGCGGCAAACACAAACACUAG